AUGGAAAGAGCCUUGGAGGAAGAGAAAGAGAAGACUUUAUGUAGCAUUUCUCCCAUCUUGGAUUCCAACAGCAAUUUUUCUGAUACUAUGAAUGAACAAACAGUCAUUGGAAAACUUAAUGAAGAUACAGUUCUCCCUUGCUCGUUUGAGAACGGGCCUGACAUUGCAAUUCACUGGAAGAUUAAAGAUCACAAUGUUCACAGCUUCUAUAAAGACAGUGACCAGCUUGCCAGGCAAAGUCCUAUAUAUUCAAGUAGGACAUCACUCUUUCAUAGUGAAAUCCACAAUGGGAAUGCUUCUCUGUGUCUCAGAAGACUAAGUCUUCAGGAUGCAGGAAUUUACACAUGUUAUGUGGGAACAAAAUUAACAAGAACCGAAAAAAAAGUAGUGUUAAUCGUAGGAGCUCUCCUCAUGCCUACAAUGAAUUAUGAAAUGAUAAAUUCAAGCAUCUUCCUAACAUGUGGUGUGUCAAUGAUUUAUCCUCAUUCAAGUAUCACAUGGCAAGUGGGGAAUGAAUCUGUCUCUGAAAGCUCUGUGGAAGAACUUGAGUCUCCAUUUCAUAUCAAAAGUACACGGAAUAUAACAUUUUCAAAUAAGCCUUAUAAAUGUGUCAUUGAAAAUUCAUUGCUGAAGGAAAUUUGGAGAGGGCAAUGGACAAUGACAGAUGACCUUCAUAAAAUUCAAAAUGAAGACAUUUCACUCUCAUGUUCACUUGCCAAUAAUUUUCUUCUACUAACUGAAGACUUCAUAGUCACUUGGUCCAGAAUAAAAAACGGGACUUCCUCAGUGCUGGCUUACUUUCUGAAUUCUUCACAAAACUUGACUAUUAAUGAACCCAGAUUCUCAUGGAACAAAGAUCUGAUACACCAGAAUGACUUAUCUUCAACUUUGAGAAAUCUUGAUAUUUCAGACAGUGGGGAGUAUUUGUGCAAUAUUUCUUCAAGCAAAUAUACUUUACUCACAGUGAACAAACUGCAUGUAGAAACUGGGUCUCCUGUCCCAACUGAAGAAGAUUGA